UUAGAGGAGGAAAACAAGAAAAAAAAAAUAUUCUGAACCAAUGGACUGCAGACAUAGUACAGGAAAUGAUCAGAGACUGCAGACACAGUACAGGAGAUGAUAAGAAAUUGCAGACACAGUACAGGAGAUGACCAGAGACUGCAGACACAGUACAGGAGAUGACCAGAGACUGCAGACACAGUACAGGAGAUGACCAGAGACUGCAGACACAGUACAGGAGAUGACCAGAGACUGCGGACACAGUACAGGAGAUGACCAGAGACUGCGGACACAGUACAGGGGAUGACCAAGACACUGCGGACACAGUACAGGGGAUGACCAAGACACUGCGGACACAGUACAGGGAUGACCAAGACACUGCGGACACAGUACGGGGGAUGACCAAGACACUGCGGGUACAGUACAGAGAUGACCAAGAGACUGUGGACAGUACAGGGGAUGACCAAGAGACUGCGGACAGUACAGGGGAUGACCAGGGAUUGCGGACAGUACAGGGGAUGACCAGAGACUUCGGACACAGUACAGGGGAUGACAAAGAUACUGCGGACAGUACAGGAGAUAACCAAGAGACUGCAGACAGUACAGGGGAUGACCAAGAGACUGCAGACAGUACAGGGGAUGACCAAGAGACUGCAGACAGUACAGGGGAUGACCAAGAGACUGCAGACAGUACAGGGGAUGACCAAGAGACUGCAGACAGUACUGGGCAUGAC